UUCGCGAUACGCGUGUGCCGCGCGCGCUUACGGCUUCGCUCUCGCUUCACGAACUGUCAAGUCGAUUGUACGCGAGGCCAGGAAAUAUUAGUGACGGUCAUUAUACGGGGUAAUCGCUCAUCGAUUAAAUCGCCGCACACAUUCAAACGCGAUGGGACUCGAAAAGUUAAUAAACAAGUGCAUGUGGAUACACGUUGCAGCGUGAAUAAUCGGUUCAAGGAGAAUCAACGUGCUCUGAGAUACGUGGAUAUAAACAUCUACAUGUGAUUCUAGAACUACAGUGAGACUGAAUUGCUUGGGUGAUAAUAGAUUCCAAAUUUUUUUUUUUAAUAUCGCUGCAAUGUUGAUGCUUGCUUGCGGAGUUAAUCAAAUGCAUAAUGAUUCAUUCAUUUCGCUAUGCAAGUAAUCGAGUUAGAGGAAGAAUCAGUAUGCUUCACUUGGAUAUGAUAAUCGCGCGGACUUUUCAUCAAAAUCAUCAGAGUUUUUACAAUCUGAGAAAAGUGAUAUCGAAUUAAAUAUGCAUUACGAGUAUGAGGAUUAUUUUCGACAAAGAAUUGAAGCGUACUUAGGCUUAUUUGAGAUGUUUUCAAUCUCAUUUAAUUUGAAUUAAACCUCGCGCGAAGUGUCAUCUUGUGAAAAUAUCUGUUAAAACUGUCAAAUUUUAAACAGUUCUGGAGAUUCUGAUUUUUUGGCUCAUCUGUCACAACAUCAUCAGCUGAUCUUUCCACUGCUCCGAAAAUGAUUGUUUGAAGAGCACAACUGUCUUCACAAAAACUGUCUUAAACAAAACGAGAGGUGACCGUAGAAGAGCAUGUAAAUCAUGAAAGAGUUCAUUGAUCUUUCCGUGCGAGGAAAACACAAAACGUGCGUGCGUGAGCGAGUGUUUACGAGCCCGACAAGAGUAAUUUUCGCGCGACACGUGCGGUUUGUCAGUUUGCGAUGAUACGCGUUCCUGAUAAGGAUCGACGCGAUAACAUGCCCGCCGACGAAAUCGAUAAUGCGCGACUCGAUGAUCCGAUAGCCGCGCGACGAGAAGCAUACUUGAAACGACGAUGUUUACUCUCGGCCGGAAACGGAAGUGCGACACGACAGUCGGUCAUCGAGCGAUGCGAGGAUCGAGCUUAUUAAAUUGCAAAAAGUGAAUCACAGGGAAAACAUUGGAGUGCGACGUAGAAGACGCGAUAGCCGGACACUCGAAGAUAAUCGAUCUCGGAUCACGGCAAGAGACAAGUGCAAUAAGAUAACAUCUCGACGUAUCAUGACAUACGUAAUCAUUGUAUCUGUUACCUAUAAAAAACUAUUUUAUCAGUUAAAAAGUCAAGUUUUCCCAAGAGAGAUUGUGCGAUGAACAGAUGAUAAGUCUAUUAUCUAAACUAAAUACGUAUCUGCGAUACGAAUAAGGAAACGCAAGUAACGCAUUUUUUUCGUGCAAUGUCAGUAUUAACGUGAGUGUGACAAGCUCGAACGAAAUAGAUACUUUUCACAAAAAAGUGACGACGAAAAUCGAGAUUGCCAUUGACUUUUCGCGAGAAAGUUAAGUGUCAUCGGACUCGAGCACCAACAAAAUUACGUGGACGGAAGUGCAAAAAAUCGAUUUUCUUAAUAUAAUAAUAAGCAAAUAAUACUCAUUUUUUGGGUGUCGUUAAUGAGGCCGCGUGAACGAAAAUGCGGACAACAACACCGAGAAUGAAAACGGCACGAUUUCGAUGCUUAUGGUGAGGUAUCCCGAGUCCUCCUCCCUGUCGAGAAUUGUGCGAUUAUCGACGAUGGAUCUCAGCACGACGCCCAGAAGAGCCACGGACGGCGUCGGUGACAUACAAAAGACCAGAGUGGCAAAAAGUGUCUUCAGCAUCCGCAGCCUCGUCGACGUCGAGGAAGCGGAACUACCUGCCCAGGACGUUGAGAGUUCGCCAAAUCAUUCGUUGCGAGGCAACGAGCAGGCUGUCCCGCAGACGAGUCCUGCGAGCAGCACAAGCAGCUCAAGCCAGGUCACUCAGGUGAGCCAGCAACCUCACCCGCAACCUCAUCAGCAAUCGGCGCCGGCGUCAACGACGACGACGACGCCCCAGUCCACUCAAAUGGGCAUCUCCACGGAGGAGGUGAGGCCCGAGGAAGAAGGCGCUCAUCCGCGAGCGGCGCCAACCAGCCCCGAGAGCGAAACGGAGGCCGACGACUUCGCGCCCAAGAGAAAACAACGCCGUUACAGAACGACCUUUACCAGCUUUCAGCUGGAAGAGCUCGAAAAGGCCUUCUCCAGAACGCAUUACCCGGAUGUAUUUACGAGGGAGGAGCUCGCCAUGAAGAUCGGCCUGACGGAGGCACGGAUACAGGUCUGGUUCCAAAAUCGACGGGCCAAGUGGCGCAAACAGGAGAAGGUCGGGCCCCAGGCGCAUCCUUACACGCCGUACCCACCACCGUCGGCGGUCGUGGCGCCGACCUUGCCGAACCCCUUCGCCCACCUGGUCACCUUUCCUCACAGGAAGCCCUUCGAUGCCUUUCGCUACCCGCUGGCGGGUCACGGCCCGGUCCUCCCCGGUAGUUACGCCGCUCAUCCCUAUCAUCGGGCGCCGCCGCCGUUGCUACCGCCAGGGAUGCCGCUGUCGUACACGUCCGCCGCCUCGUUCCAGAGCCUGCUGGCGAACAUCUCGGCGGCGCAGCGGCCGAAACGCGGCUCGCCACCUCCGCCACCGCCACCCCCAACCGCGAUUGUCCUGCCGCACCCUUCGGUGGUACCGCCACCCCCAGCGCCACCGACCGCCACCUCGCCGCAGAGCUCGCCCACGGGCAGCGUGGGUCUGCCGGAUAUCGACAGGAGGACUAACAGCAUCGCCAGUCUCAGACUGAGGGCCCGCGAGUACGAGCUGCAGCUGGAGAUGUCGCGUAAGAACGGCGACCUUAUAAGUUGAAAUAUCGCGGGUUAAAUGCGGGAGUCAGCGAGCGCGAAUAUCCGUCGUAAGACGAUUUUUUUCAAGGUCGCGAAUUCGGCGGGACCGGACAGAUUUUAUAUGAAGAAUAAUAUAAAAUCGAUAUAUAUAUAUUGGUGGGAUUUUCUUAUAGUGACAUUUAAAUCAGAGUUUGUACAACGUGACGCGCGAUUAGAUAACAAAUAUCAGAGCACAUAUUUUAGCUGAAUGUUAUAUAAAAAUGCAACAAAUGCGAUGUUUAAUUAUAUAUUAUCGUUUUAAAUCAUAUAUAUAGUAUAUGUAUGUCACAUUGGCAAGAUUCUGACUCAAAUGGUCUUUCGGUCGAUCUGUUAUUGAUUAUCGCGAUGAGCUUAGCAUAUGCGAUCACGGUUUCGUGAUAAAUAAAGACUAUAAUCAUAUUGAUAAGCAACGGAAUUGUAUAUAGCGGAUGUAAAGCACAUUUGUUGAUCGGAAUUUUUUAAUAUCGAUAAAAUGUGGAUCAGAAGAACGUAAAAAUUUCCAUUUUUCCAUCAAAGAAUCUCUUGUUGAAACUGUAAUAUGAUUUCAAUGUAUUAUUCAAUUUUUUACAGCGAUAGAAAAUUGACAAUGAGAAUAAUUCAAAUUAGUAUAAUCGAAAUUUUCAAAUCUGCAACAUUUUUCGUCUACAAUAAAAUUAAAAAUUAAUAUCUUUUAUAUUAACUGGAAUUAAACAAUCAUCAUUUGCUAAGUUUUUUUUUUAAUCGUAGUAAGUCAGUUUUUUUUUAAUUUUAUGCAGGUCAUGUUAAUCGCAUUUGCAGAAUAAUUUAAAAUAAAAAGAAAAUAGGUAAAAAUAAUAACUAUCUCUUCUUUCAAAUUGAGGUUCAAGAAUGUCAUUGUUUACUUCGAAAAAAAUUUAUCAUGAUGCAAAUCUAUCAAUUUUUUUAUACAUCCUAGAAAAAAUUAAUCGUGAUGCGUAAUUCCAUCAAUUUCUUUUUGUUCAUUAUUCGCCAUUAUCCACAACAUCAUAACUAUAACGCGAUGGUAAUAGGGAACACGUGCAGCAUGAAUAAAAGGAGUAAAAUCACCGUUACUCAUGUGUUAUACACCGCAUUGUAUAUAGUUUAUAAUAUUCCGUAUGCGCGAGGAAACUAAUAGAACUGCGCAAAUCAAGGGUCUUGCACGCAUGUAUGUAUAUCGCUUGAAUCUGUUUCACACGCAUCGAAAGGUAAGUUUUUAAUUAGCUCGCAUAAUCGGUAAUCAUGUCAGCUUCUAUUAAGGCUAGUAUUAUGUAUUAUACGAUAAAUUUAUAUGAAGGACGCGCUAAGAAUGUUUAGCGCAGAAAAAAAAUGUUCCACGAAGCUUACUGAUAAUUCGACCAAGUUGCAGGACAUGAGAGAUAUUAACCCAAUGUAAUGCUGAUUGAUAAAUAUAUGUGAAACAGAUGUUAAUCCUAGCAGGAUCAAGUUUUUAACUGUGACGGAAUAAAAAAAAUUAUUAUCUUGUUGAAAGCUCAAUAUAAUCAAUGAUA